AUGGCAGAAGGUGCAACAUACUCUGCACUCCGGAUAGAGGAACUGCUUCGGUGCGCAAUAUGUUUAGAUAGGUAUAACAAUCCCAAGCUAUUACCAUGCCAACACACUUUCUGUGAAUCCCCUUGCCUAGAGGGGUUAGUGAGAGGUCUCACUAGAACGCUGAAAUGUCCCGAGUGUCGUGCGGAACACAUCGUUCCUUAUCAUGGCGUUUCCACUUACCCAAACAAUCUUACAAUCCAAAACUUCCUCGAUCUUCGUCCAAAUAGUGAUGUGAUUGACGACGUAGCCACUCCUUCUAGUGCAAAUGAGGCAAGUGGAAACAAUGAUUUCUUUUAUAUUCCUAAUGGGGCGUGCUGUACUAUGGCAGAAGAAGAAGGCGAUGAAGAGGAGGAAGAAAUAGUCCUGCCAAGGUAUCCUAGGCUGCAAAACCGUAUUUCACAUACUCGACAAGUGCCGCGGAGGCGAUGUCCAGCUUGUUCAAGGGAGGUUGAUCUGAUGCGAUGUCCUCACUGCGAUCAAUUAAUAUGUACAACAUGUAAAAGCCUGCAUAUGGAGCAGAUACAACGAGAGGUGUCUCUUGUACUAGGACAACUAAAGAGAGGCGUUCCUAGGUUAACGGACAUCGCAGGCAACCUUGAACGUAAAAUGGGGGUAGUUCGACAAAGAGUUGAUUCAGUGAAAUUGGACAUAACUGAGGCCAUUGAAAAGUACAUCAUCGAUUUGAGAACAAGACAACGGUUGCUUCAUAAUGAAGCGGAAACUUUUCUUCAAGGGGAAAUACGAACUUUAACAUUGCAGAAGGACAACAUAGAGGUUGAAAUGGGUAUGUUGGCGUCGUUUGUUGACACAAAUGAAUCCCUGUUUAGAAGACGGUACCUAGUACUUCCAGAUGAUGAUGUGAUGGACUUGAAGCGACAGAGCGAAAACCACAUGGAACGUCUCCGUAGUUACAAUGCUGAUCGAUAUCAGCCUCCACGAGGGAGAUCCAUCGAUUUCGCUUUUGAUGGGACACGGAUUUCAAACUGUAUCUCAAAUUUCGGUGAAAUCACAAUAUCACACCCGAGACUUUUAUCGGCGGAGGAAUCUUCUAAUGACUCUUCUUUAGAAAGUUCCCCGCCGACCACAUCUGUAUCAGCAUCGCUAGCUGCUUCUAAUUACCAAUCUUCAUCCACUACAUCCACUACUACAGAUUACCAACGUCAAUCAACAACGCAAGCAGCCUCUGUGUACCAACAACCACUUACUCCACAAACCUCGAUCUACCAACAGCAGGCAAUCGUUUUAGAUGAGGACUUGCCAAUCAUCAUCAACAACGAUGAUGACUUACCAAAUCACUACACAGAUCCACCUUCAUUUGACCUUGAAUAUUCACCGGUUUCUACCCCAAAUUCUAUAACAGAGCAGCCGAUAUUCUAUAAUUCUUCGUCGGGAUAUAUACGACAAUCAAGCGGUAUUACCAACACACUUUCAGGAACGCGGUACUCUCAAUCAUCUCGAUAUGGACUAGAUUCAACCUAUCCCACUUGGAGUACAUUGACGACAUCCGCAUCAAGGAUUCCAACAACAUUACCUUAUUCAUGUGCGAUCGUAUCCACUGCUACGCCUUCUACUUACAUGGGAACUUCAAAUUCAUUUGGAACUCCACACUAUACGGUUGGUAGAGAGGUUGAUACUGACUCCGAAACAGGCAGCGAAGAAAUUCGCUCUCCGCGACGAUCAAUGUCACUUCAAGAAAGACGGCGCCACAAUUUGUCGGACACAAGAUUAGCCACACUUUUAGGGGGGUCUACACCAGCAUACACAGACCAUCAUCCUUUGACUGCAUCUGAAAGACGAUUUAGAAGUUUGAGCACCGGUGCUUCCUUGUACCGACUCAAUGAAGCACGAGCUUUAAUUGCAUCAACCCGACAAGCAGCUGCUAACCGCAUAAGAUCCAUCGUCGAAGAAUCAAAUGAAACGUCUCUACCUCGAAACAGAACAGAAGACGGAGAAGACGAUGAAAGUAUCAGCAGCCCCACAAGAAUGAGGUCUCUUAGCUCCAGUCCACGCUCGCGUCCGCCGGUGAGGUUCAAUAUUCACCAUGAUGACGAAGACUUGGAUUCCUCGACUUUUGGAGAGUUGUCGCUUUCUCGACCGGCGGUCACUUUUUAUGAAAAUGAAAGCACAGUUGUUUCCAGUUCUCUGAUAAAUUACACUGACAAAGGACGUGCAGUUAGACAAAUCGGACAACGUGGCAACGACCUCAGGGAAUUUACGUGGCCGAGAGGGAUUGGAACGACUACAAGAGAGAAUAAUAUUCUCGUCGCUGAUAGCCACAACAACCGAAUACAAGUUUUCGAUAAGACAGGCCAGUUUGUCAGGAGUGUUGGAACUUAUGGGACUGGCGAGGGAGAAUUCGAUUCUAUAACAGGCAUAACAGUCAAUACAUUCGGACAAAUUGUUGUGACAGACCGCAUGAACCAUCGCAUCCAGAUCUUCGACCAUAACUGGAAUUUUCAACUCAUGUUUGGUGAGGAGGGCGUGGAACCAGGGCAGUUGUUAUAUCCAUGGGGAACAGCUAGCGACACUAUGGGAUUUAUAUACGUAUGCGACAAAGAAAAUCAUCGGAUUCAGGUGUUCCAGUCCAACGGCCGAUUUGUACGUCAGUUCGGAAGCAUGGGACAUCGUCUUGGUUGUUUCGAUAAUCCGCAUUAUCUAGCAAUUAGCCCUGACAAUCGAGUCUACGUUUCUGACAGCAACAAUCAUAGAAUACAAGUCUUCAGUAUGUAUGGAGACUUUCUGUUUUGUUUUGGCUCCCAUGGUACAUUGCAGGGGGAGGUGAAACUCCCGAAAGGCAUUGCGAUAGACAGUCAAGGAUUUGUAGUUGUGGCGGACAGCGGAAAUAACCGUAUUCAAGUAUUCCAUGGAGACGGACGAUUCUAUUGUAUGUUUGGAAGUUAUGGAAGCGAAAAUGGACAAUUUAGAGGAUUGGAAGGUAUUGGAAUCCUUGGCAACGGUGAUGUUGUCGUUAGCGACAGGGAAAAUCACAGAAUACAGAUUUUCUGAAAAUUCAAAACAGGAAUACGACAUUAAUCAAAACAGUUCUUGCCAUCUAAUUGUCACUGUAAUUGUUGUGGAUGAGUUUAAACUGAAAUGAAUAUUAUUUACGUUUAUGCAACACUGAACUUUGUAUGAAAUGAGACAAGAUAACGUUUUGCGAUAUCUAAGAUUUUGAAAAUACAUGUAGGUAUGAACUGUAACGAUUCCAUACUUUCAUGAAGCACCAACGACGUGAAGCAUUGCAGUUCAUACCUACAUGUAUUUCAUGAAGCACCAACGACGUGAAGCAUUGCAGUUCAUACCUACAUGUAUUUCAUGAAGCACCAACGACGUGAAGCAUUGCAGUUCAUACCUACAUGUAUUUCAUGAAGCACCAACGACGUGAAGCAUUGCAGUUCAUACCUACAUGUAUUUCAUGAAGCACCAACGACGUGAAGCAUUGCAGUUCAUACCUACAUGUAUUUCAUGAAGCACCAACGACGUGAAGCAUUGCAGUUCAUACCUACAUGUAUUUUCAAAAGUCAUUUUUUAAAAAUUUACAUACGACUUUCAUUUAUGUCGGAAUUUCCUGUCGUUGAAAUAAACGAACUAUAUUUAUCAAGCUUCAUGCGCGCAUUGUUCACGACUACAUUGCAUUAAUAAGGAAAUCAUUACAAUUUGUAACGGUAUCAAAGGUAAAGACAUUGAAAAAUAUAAAUGUUCAAAAUUGAACAAAACCAGAAGCACACACACAAUUCAAGUUAUUCCAAAUUGUUACUUUAUAUCGUUUACGUUAGAUGCUUAUUGUACUAGCUUAACAGAUUUUUUUAAAUUUAAAACUUAGCAAGACACAUCAUCUUGUGAUACCUGUAAUGCACCUGUGUAGUAUACAUUUCAAAUUUAUUUAUACAUAAAGACCAGGUAAAUUAAUCAGAUCUUGAAAUUAUGAACAACACAUCGCAGGGCAUUUCUCUGUCAAUAGGUAACAUACUAUCAAUUAUUUGUGUAUGUGCCAAAUAUCGGCUCUCAGGUUGUACAUAGUUAGCUCAAAGAUUUAUUUUGUACUAUAUACCAACAAUAAAUCCAAGCUUAUGUUUGUCUAU